UUAGUUAGAUGUCGUGUUUGGGACAAAAAAGAGAAAUGAGGUGCAUUCGUAUUCCUACCACAUGCGUUUGGAACGCUGAAUUAAUUUUCGCCUAAAAGGACAAUCUAAGACUUCGGUGGGAUCUAGGUUAGCAACCAGCGAUCUGGGACUUUUCUUUCUCCCCCACACCACACCCAGAUUCAAAAACUCGCUCUGCUCUGCUCUGCAAUUCCCCUUCCGUUUCGUUUCGAUCUCAAAACAUGUUCUUCUUCGAUUGGUUCUAUGGCAUUCUAGCUUCCCUCGGUCUCUGGCAGAAAGAAGCCAAAAUUCUCUUCCUUGGUCUCGAUAAUGCAGGGAAGACCACACUCCUUCACAUGCUCAAAGACGAGAGAUUAGUUCAGCACCAGCCGACCCAACACCCCACUUCGGAGGAAUUGAGCAUUGGGAAGAUCAAGUUUAAGGCUUUUGAUUUGGGGGGUCAUCAAGUUGCCCGCAGAGUCUGGAAAGACUAUUACGCGAAGGUGGAUGCAGUAGUUUACCUGGUUGAUGCCUUUGACAAAGAGAGGUUUGCAGAAUCAAAGAAGGAGCUUGAUGCCUUGCUUUCAGAUGAAUCAUUGGCAAAUGUUCCAUUUCUUGUGCUAGGCAACAAGAUUGACAUUCCAUAUGCUGCAUCAGAAGAAGAGCUACGUUAUCAUCUAGGCCUGACCAAUUUCACCACGGGGAAGGGGAAGGUCAACCUCACGGAGUCGAACCUUCGGCCUCUAGAAGUGUUCAUGUGCAGCAUUGUACGCAAGAUGGGAUAUGGAGAUGGCUUCCAAUGGGUCUCUCAAUAUAUUAAGUAGAUUCUGGCAUCAUUUCCCCCCUUUCCUUGAUCUACCAGCACUGUCUGCAGUUACAUCAGAAGAGGUUUUUUCUGUUUUUGCUAUUGAUGAUUUCAUUUUGAUUGGAUUAUUUAAUACAACUGCAGUUAUGUUAUGUUAUGUGUCAAAAUUUGUAUCUUUAGAUAUUUUCUCUUGUGGGGUGGGGGAUAUUUUCUGUUUGAAACACUGGAUUCUGUUGUAGGGGUUAUGUAUGACCGGGGAGAAACACAAUAAUAACACUGGAAAAAUUUUAUUCCACUUUCUUCCCGGAAGAUUUUGACUGGAAACUGAGCUUUUUCUUA